GGCGGGUUCGUAGAGUAUAGCGUGAUAGAGGAACACUAGGCUCCGCCUGCCGCCGGUUUGCGAACUGGAUAAAGCUGAGGCCGCUCUUUCAGUAGCCCCAGGAUACAAAAAAAAAAAAGUUUCCGGAUUUUCUGAAAUCUCCAAAUCGAAAUCCAAAUGUUGGUCAUGUAUCGGUCUUGUAUCGUAUGAUCAUCUACUGUAUGAUGUAUCGAUACCUGUAGUUGUAUGCUGCUCGGUCCAACAACGCUGUCCACUUGGUUGGAGCAUCGGUCAUCUAUGUGCUGUGAAGGUUUGUAGAUCGCCACCACCUCGUCUCUCUCGUCACCCUCGAGAACCGCCCUUGCGUACCGAAGCCACCACCUAGUUGACCUAUUGUCAUCCACAUUUUUUCAUCAUAGGUGAAACAAUUCAAUCAUCCUCCGACAUCUACUGCUUCUAGUUCCAUCUUUCUACUAGCAGAAGUUGUUCUGUUUUUACAAGUCAUAACUAUCCAGUAUAUCCCAUUUGGCUAGUAGUAGUUGUUGUAAAACAAUGUAGUUCAUCUUGACGAUGAAUGUUAACGAAGUUGCGUCAUCCCUAGAAGGAGUUCAAUCUUAUUUCUCCAGAUGGUGAGCCCCCUCAACAUGAUGAUGAAGCAACUCUUCGGUCGUGUUUGCUCGACGUAUUUGCUUCUCUACUCCGCUGGAAGUGGAACAACUUCUACGGAUCUACUAGCAGAUGCAAAAUCGUGGCUACGUCCAGCUUCUGAGCAACUACAAGGGGUGUCUCCGGAUGAUGGUGGUGGAGACUCUAAGUCUGCUCCAGAUGAUGGUGGAGACUCUAAGUCUGCUCCAGAUGAUGGUGGAGACUCUAAGUCUCCUAUGCCAUCUAGAAGGUUUAGAAGUACAACUGCCAAGUCCAACUUACGCGUUGUGCCUAUGGACAACAAGCCUAAUAUCAUCCGUGGACAGGUAAGUGGCGACGCAAAUGAUUAUACAGAACAACAACAGGAUCUUCAUGACAUCAACAGCGUCUUUCAUGAUGAAAAGGAACAGGAUCUUGGAAAAAAAGUCGAGCAGUAUCAUGACGAGUAUGAUCAACCCUCUCCACCAUCGAACAUUAUUUUGAGGGGAACCAGAAGAACCACGCUAAAAAAUGACUUUGGUGGAGUAAGAAGUAGUAGCUCCAAGAACUUUCUCUUGAGGAAGAGGAGCAAUGCCAUGACUACUACAACUAGUAGUACAACUUCUCUAAGUACAACUUCUAUUCAACAGAAGAUGUUUAGAGAAGCAUCUCCUCCAGUCGUAGAAGAUGGAGAUGGGCAAACGGAAGGACAGCAAAUAAUGGUCGUAGGGGAGGUAGAUGUCACAGAUGUCACGGUGGUAACAACUAGAGGCUCCUCUGGUAGUACAAGAUCGCGAGAACAAGAAGAGAGUCACAGUAGCCAGAUGUCAAGAACAUCAUCGUCAACAGCCAUGAUCUCGGAAGGUCUCCACGAUUUUUUCACCACGACAACAGGUCGUGUAUCUUCGAUGUUCAACUUUCGUUUUUCUGCACCAAGUAUGUUGAGUACUGCACCAUUCUUUUCGACAGCGUCGACGUCGUCAACGGAUGCCGCGGGUACUACAACAGCUGAUAAUAGUGAGAAAAUUUUUCCUGAAGCGCAAGAUGUAGAUGGUCAUGGUCAAGAAGUAGAUGCUGAAGUUGGCGAGCCUCCAUCACCUCCACGUCGACCAGAGAAUCUGCGAGGAGCAUUGCUGCCUUCAUCUCGCCAGAUGAACAAUGCAACGAAUGCAACUGAUCGCAACUACAAAAAUGCAACAAGAACGGAAGACUCGACCACUACUUCUGCAACGGAAGACGCGACUUCUACAACGUUACUCAGCGGUGAUUACAGGCAUAACACGAAUGGCACCAGUUCCAGUUGUACACCUAGUUGUAUAGGAGUAAACAAGAACAAGCUGCAUGAAACGGAGCAAGUCGUGACAACGAGGUCCUUUCGUUCUUCGCGAUCCAUGAAUAAGAGCCAUAAUGCUCAGGGAGAUGCUUCUCUGGCUGUUGGUGUUAAUCCUCCUCGCGAUGAAAGUGAAACCUACCAAGUAGCCAAUGGAGUCGUGAUGUCUAUGCUGCAGCGCAUGACCCAGUCUGUGACUGAGUAUCUGUAUAAUUUAAGGCUUCCUUGAUACAAUUCAAAGUAAGUUCCAACGGUCAACAUUCCCUUCGUUCUGUUUAUUUCUUCUUGACUUCUAACAGUUAAAAAAAUGGAAUACUGCUAGUAGAGUAGUAAUAAGGAUCUAUUCGCCAUGUUGGAUUUAGUAGUAGAAAUUGGUUUGUCAUCCGUAGGGAAGCCGUUCUGGCACUUAUCUUACGCUUGACGCGUCAUUAACUACAAGGGUGGAAGAAUAGAAAACAAUGGCUUUGUCUUUGACGAGUUCUAAUGUAUCGUAAUAAGCUGGACCAAGGCACUCACGUCGACGAAGGUUCGGAAAGUGAGAGAAUGGGCUGUUGCGAGGAUCUCUGGGAUUGCAGUGAAAACAAGGAUAAGAAAAACAUUAAGGCUAAGUAGUACACUUCAGAACACUUACACUUCAGAGCAUAAACCGACUAUCCGCCACGAGCAGUUACUUACAUACUAGUUGUUACUACUGUACUAUUCGGUAAUGCACGACUCAGUUCUUUCUAUUUUAUGCGCUUUCGUGAGGGAUGUGUCUCAUUCUCACUUAUCGAGGCCAUUGAACAUUUUUGAACGGAUCAUGGUUGAAUAAAAUACUUACUUAGAAAUACGUCUGCUUCUUGCGGUUCUCAUUUAUCAUCUCUUCCUCUCUCUUGUUCCUCUACAUUGAAUGCUGUAAUCAUAAUGUUGGUAGUAGUUUCAGUUUGUUCUUCUUCUAAUUGUGGGAAAAGCAAGAACAAGGACAAGAGAGCACGAGCAGCACCGGCACCGGAGGUGGUCAAAUCCAAAGCUGCGCCGAGGAACGGCCAGCCAGUUGCUGAGAUCAAGGAGGCUACUCCUCCACCACCAGACGAUUAAGGCUAGCACCUUGAUGUCCACAGGCGAGGAACAACAUAAUAUCCUGUCCUCCAUGCUGCUUUUAUCCCCUAUAUUAGAAUACUUUAGAAGAUCCACCUCGGGUCUCUUAGUUAUGAAUUAUAUGAAUAUUCAACGAGAAUAAUGAAUGCUCCUCCCCCCGAAUGUGCAAUGGCUUCAACAUCUACCUAGUACUACUAGCGAUGUAUUAGGGCAAAGAUCUUUCAGCAGCACGACCAUAAAUUUGAUGGGUGUAGUAGUUCCAGUUGUACGAAGGAUCCACAUCCGACACUUCCGUUAAUCAUUGUACUGAGAAGUACCUUCGCUGCACCGAGUACUUAUAAUCAGAACAACCUAAUUACAAGCAACUUUUCUUUUCCUUCCAUCAUAAGCAUGCACCUGCUUGUUCCAACUAAUUUUAGUAAUAACUUGAUGUGCUUUCUCUAACGAAAGGGAAAACAGCCUGCAAAAAUAAACAAGCCUUCUUUGAAAAAGGGUAGCAAGGAGCAAUCACAACCACCGAUUGCCACAUUAAGUAAUGUGAAGAAAAAGAUUCUGAAAAUUUCCCCGAAAGGCAAGAAGCCCAAGUUAUGGCCAACAUUUAGUGUCCAUCUUUCUCGGCAUCUUGGUCCCCUUUUGCCUUAUAUAAUACAAGGGGAAAGGGGUCGAAAUGGGGAGACCAAGACGGAAUAUAGCUGAUUCUAACCAAGCAGGGAGGCGCAGAGGCUGAGCAGGGAAACAUUGUGGCAACGGAAGGCGAGGAGCGCCAUACUGAGGCCCAACAUACUGUUAAGGCCCCUGUCACUAGUAUUUAAUUCAUCUUUCAAGUGUUGGGUAUCUUGAGGAGGUGGCUGGGCGGGUAAUAUCCUCGCAGGGGACGACGAAUACCCUACUCCCAGUUGCGUACUUUUCAAGGAUAAUCUUCAUCAUGCACAGUCACCACACACUACACACAGAGGAACUAGUUGCACAUCUGAGGACAGCCCUAAUACAAAUGCUGCAGAUCGGUCGGAGCAAUUGCAUACUUCUACGAGUAAGAAAGCCAAAACUCCUGCUCCGCCAAAGCAUGUGGAGGAGAAAAACAAAAAAGCCAAAGAAGACCAGUUGGCGCGGCAAAAGGAGCAGCGGGAGGCCAAACUACGCAAAGAACAAGAAUUAAGGUUUUUACUGACAAACUCAUUCUCAUGUGGACUAUCUAUGUAUGCUCCUGACAAACUCAUUCUCAUGUGGACUAUCUAUGUAUGCUCCUGAGAAAUGCGUUCCCCUUCAUUUCAGAUAGAAACUACCAAGGGAGAAUAGACUUGGUAAGUGAAGUAGAAAAGGCCACCGCCUCAUUUUGGUUUAGUGGUUUAUAGGCGUUGGCCUGUUCACUUAUCAAUCAAGGACCCACUUGGCCAGGACUAGGGACUCUUGGCUACCUCUAAGAGAAGCACUAGCGAAGCAACAACAAGCGCAAGAAGCACUACGAGUCCAACAGGAAGAGAUUGAUAGGCAAAAAUUCCAGGCUCAACAAGAUGAGCUGGCGCGGCAACAACAAGCGCAACAACAAGCGGAAGAGCAGAGAGCGGUAGCGGAGCAGCAAGCGCAACACUUAAGGCAUUAUCGAUCUUCUGCAAAAGUAAAUAGUCAUCUUCCAUAUUUGACAUUCAUACAUGCCUCUCUUCUCCUAACCUAUAUCUCUCAGACUUCUUGUUUUUGAAAUUCAAAAUGCAAAGAAGAGAUGAUAGAAAACGGGGACCACAAAAGAUGUGUCCUCAACAAGAACAUCUUUGUAGGAUUAUACAACUUCAACUUAUCAAUCUGAGUUAGAUUUCGAAAUAUUCUCCUACGUAGGUCCGAGUGCACAUCUUCCGGGACAACUAGGACAACUCUCACUCUAUACCCUAUGUAUGUACAUAUGUACUAGGGAGGGAGGCGAACAAAGAUAGGGAGGGAGGGGUAUCUAAAUAAGUAGAUAUCCUCCUACGUAGGUGUUCUGUUGCUGUUCGUGGUCUAAAACAUCAAGCAGCGCAGCAAGCUCAGCAACAUCAUGGAGUUGUAGAAAAGGAGGAAGCAGCGCUUCCAGAUGAACUACAACAAGUAGAAAAAGAGGAAGCAGCGCUUCCAGAUGAACUACAACAAGUAGAAAAAGAGGAAGCAGCACUUCCAGAUGAACUACAACAAGUAGAAAAAGAGGAAGCAGCACUUCCAUUAAGGGAAAGGGUACGUUAAAGGUGUUCCUGUUUUUUCCGUUUGCUUUACCUCUCCUACGGGAGAAAGGCAGAACAAACGGGAAACAUGAACACCAAAACCCUAGUACCUCUAACCCCAGAGGAAGUACAACAAGAACAAGCGGCUGCACAAGUAUCUUCCGGUGAAGUCACGAAAAGAGUAUGCAUGUAUUCACUCGGAAUGUUAUGACUUGCGCACCCACUUAUAGUCUUAGAUGUAUUCGAAGUCUUUAAAUGAGCGAGAAAGUUCAAGGAUAGCACUCUGGUGGAGCAGCACUCUUAGAGCAGUGCACUCGGUUACUUCAUUAUUUCGAAUAGAUCAUGUAGCUGAACACGACCGACCGACUUACCCACUAGUAGAUGUACGUAAGUACGAAGAGGACUGAGUCAACAUCUGUGAACUUUUCAUAUUCUUUCAUGGAAAGCGACUAUGAAUGAGAAUUAUAAUCACAAUCAUGCUUCUUGAGGUCCUUAGUUGAGUGAUGUAUUAUUUGGCAAUACUUGUGUUUGUGAUCAUUCUAAGUAACCAUCAUUCUUUCGAUUUUUGAUCAUAUUUUUUUAAUAUUUAGGUUCAAUAUGAUCAAUCUUCUGCCUCUAGUAGCGUAGCUUUUCCACAAGAAUCGACGAGGAGGUGGACAACUUAGUUUUUUGUUUCUCAGAAUUUCUCUAAUCCAUUAUCUGGACGACUGGACCCGUUUCCCACCAGAGCAGAGUGGCUUAUUAAGGCUAGACACUCACUACCUGAGGCUAGACACCCACUAUUCUCAAUCAGUGGUGGAUGGUGUCAUUACAUUCUCACUCAUUGAUGUCUUGAAUCAUGUGCUGAGGUGGCAUUAUCAUCCUUAGUCAUUGAGUUCACUGAGAAGUGAUGAAGGAUCUAGUACUUACGCAUGCAGAAUCCGAUGAAAAUGUGAACAGGCCAACCAGCGAACAGGCCUCUGAUAGUACAUUUAAGUGAACUUACUAAACCCCGAUGUCUGAAGUCCGAUACAACAGUAGUGAACUAUAAUGAAGCUAAACGAAGCUCCACCACUAACUAAGGGACAGGUAGUGAGUCGUGUCUAGCAUUAAGUGUCACGUUUGUGAUUCCACAGGGAGACGGAAUAGGAGUUCCCGUUCCCCCAUUGGGGAGUGCUGAACGUUAAGAAAAAAUAUGUAUUAAAUGUGUAGUGUAAGAAAUUUAAGAAUCUGUAGAUGAGUUAGACUGUCAUCUUCGUUGGAUUUCAGAUGAAGACUCCACUUCCAGUUCUCCCAGUUGAUGUCGUUGGGCUCUCGCUAAGAAUGGAAUCAGCUUGACGCACAGUUGAGACGAGCCGACGAGUGUUAUGGUCACGCUAAUCAUCUUUUAGCAUAGAUGGAAGAACAAAGCAAGGAGGUGGAUGCAAGGCUUCAUCUUAAAGGCACGACCAUACAAGUGGAUGAAAGGGUUCAUCUUUCUUUCUUAAAGACGGUGGCUCUUACUUAUAUAUUUUUCACCAUUUUUUGGCUUAGUUAGCUCCUUUUGUGUAAAUUAGGCGUUGGCCUCUUCACGACGACACACCUAUCUUGUUCACUGAAGGAGGAGGGAGGAGUGACAAUAGAAGCACUCCUCACGACGUCGACCUUGGUGGCUGUUGGCUUUGAUGUACUGUUGGUGUAAAAAUUUGGUUUCCUCAUCUAAAACAAGGGACACCGCCAUCACCCUGGCAAGCGGUUCUACGUGAUGUUAUGGUAAACAUUUGAAGUGUCCAUCCUUGGCUCGGCAACAUCUUGGUAGGUACGUUUUUGUUCCCCUGUAUUAAUAUAAUUCCUAUGUUGAAACAAAUGAAUCAUGAGUACAAGGGUAACAAAUACAAUGGGGUCGACGAGAUCGAGAUGUUGAGGGGAGCGACCACAAGAUGGACACUAAAACUAAAUGUAGUAGAAGACUCUAAUUGUGUUCGGUUAUUAUCCUCGAAUCUCGGAGUUUACAGAGAAGGCGCCUCUCGACCCCAGUAAUCCGGACAAGCAUGGCCACGGGUUUACAUUAAGGCUCGUUGAAGCACUUUUUCGUAUCUGCACACUCACAUCACUCUAUUCACUGAAGAAUUCAGCACAUGAAGAUUUCAGGAAGAAAUAUCGUGUCCUCAAAUAGGUAAGUGCGUAGGCAUUAUUCUUUUUCUUGGUUUUACGUGAUUCUACCACACAGCGGAAAAAGUUGAGUAGUGGCACUGGCAUCAAAUAUGAAUUGUUGCAACUACGACCUGCUCUAAUUCACGGGUUACUACCUGGGCAUUUCAUGACUUUUUCCGACAUAGCUCGCGACGAGGAGAAGGGCGACUACGGAGCUGCUGAAUUCGGAUCCGCUUCUUGGAUGUUUCUUAAGAUUAGACUGGAACAAUAUGCAGCCGGUCGCUGUACUACGUAAGUUAUAAACUUUCUUUACCUUUGUGCUCUCUUUAUUUGUUUUUCCUAUUCAGGCUGGCUCCACAACUAUUAUAGAUGCUUCUCUUACAAAAUCGGUUCCGAUUUACUAGUCGCAUCCUGUAUUUUUACUAGUUAAUAUAGAACAAUGUCAAAAAUAGAACAACCAGUACCAACAUACUCUUUUUCUCGAACCAUACAAAUGACUAGAGUAUGCAUGUUCUAAUCUGACAGUGAACACGCAGCCAAGCUACCACCGACUCCACGACUGGGCAGAAGGAUGGGUGCCUGAGGUUCCACGUGGUCAGAUCACCCUUUACGUUUACGGAAAGCCGCCGAACCUUACUCCCGUUGAGGAGCUUUUUUUAUGUCUUGGACAUGGACGUUCACGUUGAAUCUUAUUGUAGUACUAAAAUACGCAUCCAACCGGGGAGCAAGAACUUGUGAUUGUUAUACUAAACUACUUGUCUCAAUAUUAUUAAUUCUACGACGUGCCUUUUUAACACGAGGCUGGAGGUGGACAAUGACAGACUCCCAUUUUUUUUGCGGAGAUUAUUGCUCGUUUAGUGAGUCUUUCAGUGGAUGUAAUAUAGGCUGUAGAAUUAUCAGAUUGUCAGCUUAAUAUGUAAUUUUGAUAUGUUCCUCAAAUCAGUGGCCACUUUAUGUCUAGGAGUUGUGCGAGAUUUGAUACGUAAGUACAUACUUACUACUAGUUAAUAUAAUGAGUUCAAUAUUGUAGUUGUCCUUGCCCUCCACCUCCCUCAGGACAAAAAAGUGGAUACUUGAAUGAGUCACCACGCUCCUGCACGACAAGUUUUCUAAUUCAUUGAGUUUUUCAUUCAGCAUCCUCUGAGUCUUUCUUUUCAUCAACUAGCAGGGGGCUCCACCAACGUCCUAUCCUAACUGUAUCUUAGUCUUGGUCUUAGCCCCAGCACUUCACUCGAGGUUAUGCCAUCACAUGAGGCACCGAACUCUAAUUCUUGGGCCGGCUAACGACUUACUGUGUCGCGAGCAUCCAGGUUACACUUACAGAUCUGAAACGACUCAUACGAUUCAAACGACUGAGCGACAUUUGUAAGGCGAAAACAUGGUUGGUGGUCACUAGAAGGUGUAAAAACAAGUAUCUAUAUUAACAAGCUGGAUAAUCUUCUCGUAAUAGUCAUAGUGGUCAAUGUAGAACUACUAACUAUUACCAACAUUAUUGAAUAAUGGGGCCGGGCUGACAGGACCACGGCAGCGCCGGCGCUUACUUAGUAGCUGUAGAGAUGUGCUUUUCCUGACCUCUCUUUUUUCGGUUUUUGUCUUUUCUAGUUAGGCCUGCUCCACCAACAUUAUUUGAUAACGACAAUAGCAGUUCUACAAGUGUCCUAGGGCCUGGCAUGCUUGCCAGUGACACUCUCCAUGGAAUGGAAAAAAAAACACUCCUAUCUUAUCGUUCUGAUGACGAUGAGUUCAUCCAGUUAUAAGUAGCUGGAGAACUACCUUGCCUUUCCUAGUUAGGUUGGCUCCACCACUAUUUUUAUAAUAAUAAUCAUAAUCAUAAUAAUGAAAUUAUAACGUCUUCUAAUCGCCUUUGCCGCUUGGUAAAUUUUUGGACGCUCAGAUGCAGCACGACAGCCUAGAUGCCGCACUUUCCUGGACGGUCCUUGCAGCUUAUAAAGUAUUGAUUAAUACACUCUCAGUCAUGAAAAUGAUGGAUCUCUCUCUUCAAAAACAACCUACUACAUUUUAGCAGCUCCUAGAACGAAGUACUUACAAGAAAUGCGAGUAGAAGUACCAAGACGAUUACUCGUUACUCUUAAUAUGAAAAUGAAUAAAACUGCAAAUAACACACACAGGUUGAAGAAGAUAUGCCUGCCGAUCGCAAUUGAAGCCAUGAGGAGAAUUUGAAUGCAUGAUCGACUGCAGAUGGGUAGAGGUGAUUUAGAUGAAACGCAGAUAAAUCACAUGCCAUCAUGAGUCAAGAACAUGCGAACAGUUAAUAUUAAGGGUUGGGGAAGUUGACCUCUCUAUCAUGAGCAUCUCUAUGGCUUCUCCAAGUACGAAAGCCAUAGACUUUCGAGCUGGAGAGCUGGAGAGGUCAACUCUCAACCCCUAAUAGUAGGGGAGGAUAUUCAAUUGCAAAGGGAGAUUUAAGAGGAGGAGGAGGAGAAGGGGGACUGAUAAAUCACAAUCAGCUUUCAUGAUUACUAAACGGAAGAGAUGAUGAAGGAGAUUUUCACCAGAUUAAUGACUAUUUUUUUCCAGGGGGUAAAUGAGAAAGGAAAAGCGAGAGUGCUGUACUUGUCGGUUGUACUUCUCGAAAAGCUGCUACAUUUUUAGUACCAGGAGACUAGUAAUAGAACAACAAGUAGAAGGGACACGAGUGAGUGAAACAGGAAAAGAUGAUAUUUUCAUCAUGAGAAAAUGGACAUCAACAACAUGAGCAUUCUUUAUUGUGAUUACGGACGCUGUACAUACUAUUUGAGUAGACUUGAUUUUGGUGGGAGCAAAAAUACUUUUUAGGGCAAUAGAACAAGAACUAAUAAUAUAAAAGAACCAGACACACGACAUACUUCUAGACACACGACACAUACAUUGAUUUAAGGUGCACACUGUCCUCAUCGAAAUUGAUCCAUGGAUUUAAACUACGUAUAAGCAGUACAAAGUAAGUAGAGCAGCAACAUAGGAAUUCAUGUAUACUCCGUCGGGAAGAUGUAUAACUCAACAACUAGAACGAGCAUCAAACAUUUACUAUGCACAGGACAUAAAUUGAGUAACAACGACGACGCAUGAGAGUUUGUUGUCCUCACCAAGAAUAUCAGUAUGUUGGAAAAAAGGACAAGGAAAAGGGAAAGCGGUGACGACACCAGAACAACCACGUUGAUGAAAAUA